AUGUAGUACUUAAAAGAUUAGAAAAUGUUGAAAAUGCAAAUCAAAGUUGGUUUGAAGAGGCUAAAUCACAUUUAUUCUUAAGCAAUAAAUGGAAUGAUAUUGUUAAAUGUUUUGGAUUAACACAAAAUCCAUCAAAUGGAGAUUAUAUGCUUGUAAUGUAUAAUAUGGAUAUAGAUUUAAGAAGAUAUUUACAACAAAAUCAUAAUCAACUUACAUGGAAAGAAAGAAUUCAAAUUAUUGUUUAUAUAAUUAAUGCACUAUCAAGGAUUCAUAAUGAAAAUGCAAUUCAUAGAGAUUUGCAUUCUGGAAAUAUAUUAUUUAAAACUAAAUUUUUUAUUAAACAGUAUAUACGGAAAUCUUCCUUAUAUAGCGCCUGAGGUUAUUAUUGGAAAAGAACAGACUUUUAAAUCUGAUAUUUAUAGUAUCGCAAUACUUAUGUGGGAAAUUUCAUCUGGACAACCACCAUUUAUUAAUUAUGAUCAUGAUUAUGAUCUUGCAAUGCAUAUUGUUAACGGUAUAAGACCAAAAAUUGUACCAGGAACUCCUUCAGAAUAUAAAAAUUUAAUGAAACAAUGUUGGGAUGCUAAGACCACACAAAUUCAAUUUUUCGGUUCACGUAAAUUGAAAUUUAAAAUCGACCCGGGGACCCGGGGUUUAUUGUUUAUUAGUAAAAAAAAGUUUAUAUAUAAAAUCGUGACAUUUGAUUGGUUGACUUUUAAAAGGGAGGAAUUUAUUUUCGCUCUAGAAGUUCUCAGCCGCGUGAUAAACUUACCCACCAAUAAAUUUACGUCCUGAUCACGUGAUAAAUUUUUUUAUAUAUAAACUUUUUUUUAUUGAAAUUUGAAAAAGUGACCCGGCCGGGUGAAGUGAACCGAAAAUUCGAAUUUGUGUGGCCUAAUCCAUCAAAAAGACCUAAUAUUUAUAUACUUUGGAAAAAAUUAAAUGAAAUUAAAUUAUUUUAUCAAAAUAAAUCAGAUGAACUAGAAGAAAAUAAUAGUUUCGAAAUAGAAAAUUAUACUAGCAGUAGCAAACUAUUUAC